CCGAACGGAGUUUCCGCCAGUCAGUCAAAUAAUGUGAAACAAGUCGGGUCAAUUUUCUGUACACAAAAACCAAACACCGAGCCUCAAAUUUUCGACCUGCAAAAUGGAAGAGAGCGAAAUUCUGGAAAAUCAAAAUGUGCCACAAACAGACAAGAUGAAACCAGCAAGUGCACACGGUGAACACAACGAGCUGUAUAUCUUGAAUUACUCGCAUUCUAAAGACUCUAAUGAAUCACUUGGCCGAAAAAGUCUUGAGCAAAAGAACUUCAAUGCGGCCAGGAACCUUCAGAAACAGCAAUCACAUGUGUACGAUUUGAAAGACAGUCGAGCACAGGAAAAUCCACCGGAAAAUAUAGACGAACAUACGAAACCACCAGAAACUGAAGAAAAGCUGGACAUUUCCAGAAACGAGGAAGAAUAUAAAGAUGUUGUUUCAACUAACUCUAAAGAAUCAAAGGAACAAUGCCAAGAAGAAGCAAAGAUAGAAACACUUAGGAUCAAAGAUAUAAUAAUUGACAAUAUAUCUGAUGAUACUAUCUCUACGAAAUCCAAGCCACAGAGUCAAUUAAAGUUAAAUGCUGCUGCUUCUGAUAAAACGUUGAUCAUGGAGAACGCCCGUAAAUCAAACCAGUUAAUAGCGGAAGAAUCGUUAGAAAACCCCAAAGAAGAAAGUAUUAAAGUUGUGGAAAAUGUAAGAGACCCAACAGAAAUACCAGCUAAGGAAGAACUUCAAGAAACCAAGGAACAGGACACCAAACCGAAAUCCGAGGAAGUGAAAAUCGAUAAACUGGAUGAAAUGGCGCCGAGUACUUCAACGGCAGCUCAGGAUACGAAAAUGGAAAAGCCAAACGAAGUAAAGCCUGAUACAAAGGAAAUUUUCGACCCGAGGGAUAAGAUCAGGCAGGACAUGGAGGAAUAUUUCAAAGGCAUUCAGGCUCUGGAGGUCAUGUCACUACCCACCGACGAGCUGAAUGCAAAAAAAGCCGAAGCGAUUUUAAAAGAGGAGCAGCAGAGGAAAACCUGGAAGGGAAUGCUUCUAGCGGUGACCCACACCUCCUUAUCCACAUCCACUCACAGCAGUUCUUCAGCUAAACCGCCAAAAUCUGCCGUACAAGCCAUUCUACAGCGCACAGCCAAGGCGGACUUUAAAAGGAAAAUGUAUGUCCUUAAGGAGAACUACAACUAUCGAUUGGAGCUGCUAAAGCAGCUGAAAAACGACAUGAAAAACAACUACAAAAGCGAGGCCCAGCAACUGUACAUCGACUACCACUCCAUCAAGAACCAGACUCCCAACUGCCCCCCUACAAACGUGAUGAACACAGAACACCACUCCACGCAAAACGGUAACCAAGAAGAGGUUUAGGUAAUAGGAACAAGUGGAUCCACCCGCCUAAGAUAGGAUACUUCCACACCACCAACGACUAUAUAGCUACACCUAACUAAUCUGCUCAAUCCUAACUGAAAACUCAUCAAGUAUCUGCAAAGAAAAGAUUAUAUAGGAUUUUUCAUAGUCCAACUGCUGCUACUGCUUACACACUUUAUACGAAUUACCACAAAAGUGAGGGCUUUCUGGAACUGGUAGAAUGUAACCUAGAACCAGAGCCCCAAAAUCAAAGCUACCAAGUGGAAGAACCUGCCAAAAAGCGUGUUUCUAUGGGACUGUACCUCUUGCAUUCAUUGUGUGCACUUGCUUCUUUACAUCUGUAUCUCAUUUACUGAGUACCCACGGUACAGUCACCACGCUGAACGCCCCGCGGUAUGCAACAGUAUUUUUUCAGCUUUGUAUACCCCAGAAUCCUUAAAUUUGCGCCACUUCUGUUUUGCAUGUCGAAAUAAAAGCAAAGACAAUGAGAAUUGACCCAAA